AAAUAAUAAAAGUUACAAUCGACCAUGAAUAUCGUGCUCGGGAUGCUUCUGAUCACCAUAGCCGGCGCUCUCGAUCAUGACAACUACUCAUGGAAACGCAAAGAGGAUGUCAAAAUCGCGGCCACGAGCCGACCGGUUUCAUCAAUCAAGGUUAAAGAAGCUCGCUUGCAAUGAUCUAGUGUACAUUCGACUUACAGAUCGAGAUCAUCGAAUCCAUUCAAGGGCGACGUUCUACAAAAUUCACCGAGAAGAUUCGCGGUUGCCGAGGAUUCGGAGGAGCAGCAGAAUCUCUGGAAUCUCGGUACCGUCAAGACGAGACAGGAUGUGAAGCGCGAAAAUCGAGCAUUGAAAAACGUGAUAGGCAGACCGUCUUUGGAUAAGGUCGAGCAAUAUUAGUAUUUUUCGAACUUUCCGUACGGCGAUGAAGCUGCCGACGCCAUAUUGGAGAACGCGGAAUAUCCGCAGAAUGCAAUAUUCUCCAAGGACGUUCAGCAAGAGUUCCUGGAUCAAAACGCAAAAGAAGAUGAGAAGGAAAUAGAUUGGAGCGCGCAGAAUGUAUUCCAGAAAGACCCACAAGACGAGCUGGAGGAAGAAGUUAACGUUCAGGAAUUUCUAGAUGACAUUAGACAGAAGAAAUUGAAUGGAGAAUUCGAAGAGCUGUUGAGUGGACAUCGUCAGGGCAGAAGGAGAAAACUUACCAGUCAGCAGCAAGAUGUUCUGCUGGUGGAGACACUCAGGAAGAAGCGAAAUCACACCACUGAUCAUCGAGGGCAUGGUUUCAAUCUCCAGAGCGGCUUUAUGGAUAUGCUGGGCAGAAUGAUGCCGCAAACGUGCAUGUACAAAGGCAAAAAGUUCAAGUGCGACCUUAGUAUUAGCUGCGUUUUCGGCGGUGGUCGACCUGUCAAGCUCUGUUCCGGUUCAAGAUGGAGCUGCUGCGUGAAUAAGAAGAUACGACCGACCAUCGGCUUGCCACAGAAUGCCACCCAGAGGGGACCCCAUCGACCCCCACCGACGAGCAAACCGACGACGAAUCCUCCCAGACUGUCUAGAAACCGUCGACCUACGUCCACCACCUCCCGGCCACCGCAUCACACGAUCUUCCCUUCGCAGGACAAGUACAACGACUGCGGCGUGAUCCACAAGAGCAACAAGAUUGUCGGCGGCCACUCGUCUAGUUUCGGCAGCCAUCCGUGGCAGGCCGCUAUUAUAAAGUUAGAAUUUCCCAACAAGAGCCUACUUUGCGGCGGUGUCUUGCUGAACAAUCGAUGGGUCGUCACCGCGGCUCACUGUGUCAUGACACCCAAUAUUUUGAAAAUUCGACUUGGAGAGUGGGAUUUUCGGGACGGACUGCCUUACGAGGAAUUCAACAUCGAAAGAAUAAAGGUACACCCACAAUAUUCUGCUAGCGACAAUCGAAACGACGUGGCUUUGAUUAAGCUGUCUCGGACGGUAAUUUUCAAGCAGCACAUUGUCCCGAUUUGCCUGCCGGAGAGGAAUUUGGAGCUCUCCGGCAGAACCGCAACUGUCGUUGGUUGGGGACAGACCAGCCAACGGAUGGUGUCCGGUUGGACACCAUCCGUUCUUCAAGAAGUCGACGUCGAAGUAAUACCGAAUGACAAAUGUCAGGAAUGGUUCAGAACAGCUGGAAGUAGAGAGAUCAUUUACGAUGUAUUCCUGUGCGCAGGUUAUAAAGAAGGAGGACGGGACUCUUGUCAAGGUGAUUCGGGUGGACCGCUUACGAUAUCAGUGGAAGGCAGACACGUUUUGAUCGGUUUGGUUUCUUGGGGCAUCGGCUGUGGUCGCAAAAACUUGCCUGGUGUAUACACCAAUAUCCAGAAAUUCGUACCCUGGAUCGAUAAAGUUAUGAGUUAAAUGAAGAAGAGAUAGCUCAGUUCCUUUAAAGGUCAGUUCCUUUUUUGUUGCUUCGCCCAGGAAAAGAAGAAGAAGAGGAACAGGCGAGAUAAUGACAUGCAGUUAUCCCCAAAGUUUUGACUCAUCCUUUGAAAACUUUGGCGAUCGUACUUGGUUAUCCUUGAACAACGGGCACUUUCUCGAAAGUGAUGAAAAACAUAAUGUUUGAUAAAGUAUACUCGAAGCUGAAAAGUGAUAAUGAAAAAUUAUAAUUAAUGUAACCCAAUGAUCGGUUUGUUUUGCUAAGACGAAGUUGUUGAAAGAUUGAUUAGUAGCAAUGAAUGGGAUAUAUAAUAUGAAGAACAUUUAAGCUGCUUGUAAGCCUCGUUAUUGUUAUUCAUAUAGCAAAUAAUUUAUUAUCAUACA